AUGACGCCCCAGCCGUGCGCCGGUGACGCCCCGUCGCCCGCGUCCGCGCGUUUCCGCUGGCGCCCUGCGUGUCCGUGCGCCGCGGAGUGGCUGCUGCUCUGCCCGCGUCCGUACGUCCGUGCGUUCGCCGCUGCUCCGCCCGUGUCCGCGUGCCGCCAAGCAGACGCGGCUGUGCCCGGGGCCUUCGUCCGUCUCCACGCGUUACACCUCCGUCUGACUACCUGCACAGCGCCGGCUCCGACUGCUCCAUGCCUGCGCGGCUCCACCAGCACCCGCACCUGGCCGCCUCCCCGCGCCUGCCAUUUCGUGGCCAUGCGCUGCCGCCUCCCGCGCAUCCUGGCCGACUCCUGCGCGUCCGGCUCCCCAGCGUCGCCUCCGCCUGGCCACGUCGUCCGCGCCCGCCCGGCUUCGGCCCCGCGCGCUCGCCUCCCCCGCGUUGGGUCCGGGCCCCGCACCCGCCGGCUUGCCGCUCCAGCCGGCGGCCGGCUUCCGCCCACGUCACGCCCAGCCGCUCGCGCGCCCCGCUGGCUGCUGGCCUCCCGCGCUGGGUCCGGCCUCCGCUCCGCCGGCUGCUGGCCUCCCGCGUCGGGUCCGGCCCCCGCGCCCGCCGGCUUGCCGCUCCAGCCGGUGGCCGGCUUCCGCCCGCUUGGCGGCCUGCCGGCUUAG